GAGGCUAUGUUAUGACAUGGGAUAUUGAAAAUUUCCUUGAAAAUUUAUCUGGUAGCAAGGAUGUGGAGACGAACGAUAAUUUAGUAUGUCGUAUGCUUGUGUUCGGGGGACCAAUGAGAAAGUUCAAUUGGCCGUGAUAACUUUGAGUUUGAAAUCGAUUUAUUAUCUUGCAGAGAAGUGUCGAUCAAGUAAUUUACUGGCGAGCACAUUUGAAUAAAAUUGUAGCGAUUGAACAAGUCAAAGAUAGCGAUGUUCUAAUAACCGCCUCUGUCGAUUCAUCUGUCAGGUAAUAAUAUACCACCACUGAUCUCACAAGAUGACUGGACCAACUAUAAAGCCCCAUACAGGACAAGUUUACUUUCCGCGUUUGUUCGGUCAACAAGUUUUCCUUGACAAGUUUUGUUGUACAUGUUGCAUUUCUUGCACACUUGUCAAGUUUUCCUUGUCGGUCGUACACACGAACACAUUUUCCUUGUCCGCUCUGUUUGCCAAACCAUAGUCCUAGAAGUAUUUCUUGUACACUUGUUGUCAAGUUUUCCUUGACGGCCGUACAUACGAACAAAUUUUCCUUGUCCAAACCACAGAGUAGAGACAUACAGAGACGUAACUAGUGUACCCACGUUUUUUGUGCGCAUGCUCGGCAAGUUACUAGAUGCAUGCAUCUGAUUGGAUGACGACUCAAUUUAAACUGGCUGAACACGCGCAGUUGAUCAUUUUUCGCCCGGUCGCCUGAAAAAAAAGUGGGACAACGGUCAGUUACGUCUCUGUAUGUCUCUACUCUGUGUCCAAACGUUGGCAUGACUAGCGUUGGAACAAGGCUCUUUGGCAAGGAAAAUUUGUCAAUUUUUUGCCGUCCACACGAGCAAAUAAAACUUGUUAAGGAAAAGUUAAUUGGCCAUCUGUAUAAUUACUGUUUAUAAUAGACCCAUUUUGCACAAUAUCACAGACAUGUCGAACUAACGAGUGACUGGCUGGUAUUAUUGUCAUGCUAAGUGUUAUGUAGAGGUGCAUUAAAGACUUUCUUUUCCAAUUUACAGGAUAUGGCAUCAACAUACGGGACAUUUUAUCGGGUUUUUUGGUCAACCAAGACUUUGGCAUAUUCCAAAUGCGACUUCUAUUCCUUCUACUCCAUUACGACCUUAUGAUAUUGCAGAGGUGAAGACUAAACUGCUUGAUUUGUAGCAUUUCUUAAAGCUACGGUCAAACGACGAUGAUGAAUACUCUCGCUCGUGUUUGACCGCCAACUCUCAUCGACUCUCAUCAACUUUGAGCUGGUUCAAAUUUUGAUGAUAGUUUUCGCCAGGCACUCGUGGUAAUACCAGUCAAAUCUCAUCAACUUUGAGCUGGUUCAAAUUUUGAUGAUAGCUUUCGCCAGGCACUCGUGGUAAUACCAGUCAAAUCUCAUCGUGCAACUCUUAUUUUCGAUUGACCGGGGCAUGAUAGUUGAGAAAACUCUCAUGCAAACUCUCGCGUGCAAACUUUCUUGCUGGUCAAUUAUUGGAAAGUGUUACUGCAGGAGAAAACAGGAGGAUCCUGAGAGAUCCUUCGAUGCUUGGUGGAGUCUACAACUAGAAAAUCUUUCACGUGCAUGUGAUCGAGGCAAAAUUUCAAUCAAACAAUUGAGCCACGGUCACUGAGGGGCACGAUAGGUGCAUUAAGGUUCUAUUGUAGCCAUCAAAACCUCUUGUAACAUAGCAUUGGAAGUUACUAUCCUUCUUGUAGGCUCCAAAGAAAAUGCCACGUCAAGCAAAGUUGGUUAAUAAUAACAAACCCAAGACGAAUCAAACUGUUGAUUGUCCGUUGACGUUCGAUGACGAAAGGUAAUGGCGAGAUUGACUUAUGGUGAAGAGUUAUGUUGAAAUCUAUAUGGGUCAUGAUCUUCUUUGAUCUACUUAGGUGGAGACCGUUCAGAUAUUCCGCGAGAGAUGAGACAAGAAGCACUCAAGAUAAUAAGAAAUUCUUUCACUCUCUUACAAAACCUAGGGUGAGUAGGAACAAAAAUUUAUGAAACACCCCCAAUUAUGAAACACCCCAAAAAGCAUUCUAUGUGCAAUCAUUUUUGGGCAAGACGGGAUAGUUUGACCAGUUAUUUUCAUUCCGCUCAUUGUCGAAAUAAAUUUCCCAUUAUCUACAUUAUCUAGCAUUACAAUUUUCAUUUGGACAGCAGUCAGUCAGGUGUGAACGAUCCUGCAGCCGUGUUUCGAUCUUUGCCCGUUUACAAGGUUAGUUCUUGUUCUAUUUCUCCCAGCCUGCCACGCAGGCUAGUUCUUGCUAUAAACUACUGUUUCAGUAUGCGUACAAGUAUUAGUAAAGGGUGAUUCCAGCUAUACAUGGGCGUACCGGAAGGAAAAAAUUAGGGGGGCGGAAAGAAUGCCAAAAAAAGUUCGGUCAGCGUACCAUUUUAGGGGUCAAAAAAUUUUUCUGACAUACCAAAAUUUUUCGGAACAUCACACAAAUUUUCGAAACAUCACAAAAUUGACCACAAAAUUGACAGAAUUUGUCCCAUUUAUUUUUAUAAUAAACCAAAAUUGCCCGACUGUUGAGUGAAUAUUGCCCGACUGCCCAACAAACUGCGCCGCGUACGCCCAUGCAGCUAUACACGAAAUUUAGAUCUUGGAAAGAACAUUUUAAAAUGAGCAAAAUUGCAAAGUUUGGUUAUGAAUUGUUGUACAAUGAGGAAAAUAUAGUCCUGUGAAGUUCGCAAAUUUUGUAUAUAUUUGCAUUACGCGCGGGAAAAAUAACCAUUUUUGAGCCAAGUGGUUAUUUUUACCGCGCGUAAUACAAAUAUAUACAAAAUUUGCGAACUUCAAAGGGAUAUAUUUUCUUCAUUUUACAACGUGUAGCAACCAAUCUUUGCAGUUUUACUCAUUCUAACACGCUCUUUCUAGCUGCGGUGUUGGAUUUCUUGCCUUGAUCAAGAUUCGCAACCAAACUCAAAAUGCGUCCUUCUUGCCUUGAUCAAAAUUUAGUCUACAGCAGCUGGUCAAUCACCCAUUGUUGAAUGUAUUUUCAGAUUGAUGAACCAGAACGGUUAAGAACACCUGCUGUGAACAGUUCGUCUUGGUUGACUAACCCAAUCACAGGAACUGCCUACGCUGUGAGUAUGUGAUUGCAAAGAUUUGAGCCUUGAGGAAUCUUUGGAAUAAUUAUUGUUUAUUUAAAUUUCUCAGGCUAAUAAACCCAUAGCGACGAUGAGUAACGAACUUUCAAAAAAUCUGGUAAGUCCACCUUUGCCUCGCCUGCUUUUAGGUGUUUUGUGACGGGCUGACCGUCUGCAGGCUAAGUUGAAACUCAAUUUAUCUUUCAGGAUAACUUAAUCAGUCGUUUUCCACAUGCGGUUCACCACAGAAGAUGA